AUUUUUGCAGUGCGUUUGUUCCCCUUUUUUCCCCCACUUUCCUCCCUUCUCAAGUUUUUUUUCCCUUUUUUGUUUGAAAAAUAAUAUUCAUAACAAUAUGAUCUCUCUCUCUCUCUCUCUCUCUCUCUCUCUCUCUCUCUCUCUCUCUCUCUCUCUCUCUUACUCCAUCCUUAUAAAUAUUGGUUCCACACAAAAAUCCUUCAUAUUCCUCAUUGCUAUUAAAAAUAUAUGUGAAAAAGAAAACUCUCCAUCUCUUUAGCUCCCUAUCAAGGUUUUGCGUAAAUUUGUAUAGAAAUGGAAGAGUUCAAUGGUGGGUAUGGAGACAACUUCUGUUCACCUCCUGAUCAACACGAAAUGCCGAAGGGGAAGAAGUACGGAGGGUUGGUGCCGAGGAAGAAGCCCUUGAUUUCAAAGGAUAACGAAAGAGCAUUUUUUGAUUCAGCGGACUGGGCCCUAUGCAAGCAAGGGGCUCCUGGAGGUUACCAAAAAACAAUGGCAAUGGUUGAGACUCUCAGACCCAAAUUACAGAGAACCCAACGGCAACAACUUCCCCACGGCGACCAACUUGCACUUCUAGACAAGACAACCUUGUACCGAUUGAUUCGUUACUAUAAGGUCUAUCCAUUUUUAGACCAAAGAUGAAAACUUAAAUUCUAUCUUUCCACAUUUAACUUUUAUUGGUUUUAGUUUAUGAACUUUUAAAAGGUUUAUUUUGAUCCCAUACUUUAUAAAAAUGAAUAUUUCGGUUCUUUUAUUUAUAAGAGAUUGAAAUAGUCAUUUUUUUAAAGUAUAAAUGUCUAAUGAUCAAAUCUCGUAGAGAGGUUCUUUUAGUGCAUGUCGUCGUUUUCUUAUGUGAUUAGUUGAGUGUAAAUAUGUAAAUGUAAUGUUUAUUUAGUAAUAAAUAGACAAAAAUCUUGUGUAUAUAACAUUUAUUCUUUUGUUAUAAGGUAAAAUAGUAAUUGUACAAAUUCUUUUAUAUAA